GGCAUGACAUUAGGGCAAGGUCGUAGCUAUGGAUGAGAGCUAGAGAGGAGAGCUCCAGGGCAUGGCGCAGGAGAUUGUGGAGGUCGUGACGGAGGCUGUGCCAGUUCAAGAGCAGGUCACGGUGAAUGGCGAGCUCUGCCGCUCCAAGGAAGAUCAAGAGCCGGUCAAGAACGACGUCUACACGGCGGCGGCUUACGGCGAUCUGGACAAGCUGCGGCGCCUGGUAGAACAGGAUGGAUGCUCCGUCUCGGCGCCCGAUCACGGCGGAUAUUUCGCUCUACAGUGGAGCGCUCUCAACAAUCGCGUCGCGGCUGCUCAAUAUCUCAUCGAGCACGGUGCGUCGGUGGAUGCCACGGAUGCGGCGGGGCAAACCGCGUUACACUGGGCUGCUGUCCGAGGAUCCAUUCACGUCUCGGAGCUUCUUCUCCAGAAUGGAGCCAAGCUCGAGGGUGCUGACAAUUACGGCUACAGGCCAAGCCAUGUCUCUGCUCAAUACGGACAGACUGCUCUCUUGUACCAUUUGAUUUCAAAGUGGGGUGCUGAGGUUGAUGCCACCGACAAGGAUGGAAGAAGUCCCUUGCAUUGGGCCUCGUACAAAGGCUUUCCAGAUAGCAUACGUCUCCUACUUUUUAUGGAUGCUUUCGUUCGGCGCCAGGACAAAGAAGGAUGCACCCCGCUACACUGGGCGGCCAUUCGAGGCAACUUGGAGGCUUGCACUGUUCUUGUCCAAGCUGGAACCAAAGAAGAUUUGACAAUCACGGAAGGAAGUGGCUGUACUCCUGCUCAACUUGCUGCUGACAAGGGACACAGGCACGUUGCUUUGUUUUUGUCAAAUGCGAGGAGGAUAUUCAAUCACCAUUGGGAUUCCAAGGGCGUAAUGGGACGAGUUUCAAGGCUGGGACUUGCGCCAUUUCUCUGGCUGCUGGUCACCGUCUUGCUCAUCACCUACAUCAACUCUGUAAUAACCUCUUCGACGUUGUUGACUGUACAAGGUAUCGCGGGUGCUUGGGCGUGGUUUGCGGUUUUCGUUGUUACUGGAGGUCUUGUGUUUCUCUAUCGCUGUACCAGCAAAGACCCUGGAUAUGUUAGCAAAAAGCGUGGCGAUGAUCCAUUUGGAAAGCACAUGACUGAUUCUCUACUGAAAAGCGAUUUGAAUACAUCCGCGCUUUGGGCUGGCUUUUGGUCGCAGCUUUGUCCAACUUGUAAGAUAGUGAGGCCUGUAAGAUCCAAGCACUGUUCGAUUUGCAACCGCUGUGUAGAGCAGUUCGAUCACCAUUGUCCUUGGAUAUCAAACUGUGUUGGGAAGAGAAACAAAUGGGAUUUCUUCCUCUUUUUGUGUUGUGAAACCACCGGUAUGAUUGUUGCUGGUGCGGUGACCGUGCACAGACUAAAAACAGAUCCAAAUGCUCCGUCCACUCCAGGAGACUGGUUACGGCACGUAGCAUCCCACCACGUAGGUGCUCUAUCUUUCGUUCUUGCAGAUUUCUUUCUUUUUUUCGGAGUGGCGAUCUUUACGGGAAUACAAGCCGCUCAGAUUGCGAGGAACAUCACGACCAACGAGAUGGCAAAUGCGGCCCGAUAUGUAUACCUUAGAGGACCCGACGGCCUGUUCUUCAAUCCUUACGACCACGGGUUUUGGAAGAACUGCAGCAAUUUCCUGCUCUUGGGCUACAACGAAGACAUCGAGCAGGCUUGGCAGCAAAACGAGUCGGAUCCAGCAGCAGCCGCCGCGGUGGCGGCAACAAUCGAGAUGGCUGAACAAACACCAGGAAUUCUAAGCUCGGGAGGAGGUCAUGCCACUCGCUGCUCGCACAACCAUCAUCACCACCAUCACCAUCAAAACCAGCAAAACCAGCAGCAGCAAUUGAAAAAUGAGCAGCAGCAGGAUUACAGGAAUGGACAAGGGAACUCGAGCAGCGCUCCUGCCGGCCUGGGCAUUGGACUGCCGAGCAGAUUGCGAGCUUAAAGAAAACAAUUAAUUUAUUUUUCUUAUAGAAUUUUUACCUGUUAUUUUGUGCUACGUAAUAUGAGAUUGAUUGAUUCAAAUA